AUGCACUACAACAUACGACCUGCGCUGGAUGCGGCCGCAUUCAUGCUCGACGCUCUUCACCAUAUUCUCUCAAGGCUUGCUUCCUGUGAGGAGCGAACUAGUGCCUGUUUGGCCUGCCUCCCGGCUUGUGUCCGUCUCGCUAGCACCUUUCCUAAUUUGGCGAGCAAGAUUGCUCGUCUCCUCUUGACGAUUGCAUCAAUUUGUGCAAAUGAAUUGGCUCAUUCGAAGAGUGAUCAAAUGGGAUCACAGACCGUUGCGGAGACUGCAAAUGCUCCAACUGAUUUCGAACAAGAUUACGACGAUUUUGACAUCGAACUCGAUUUGGAGUUGAUUGCUGCAGGUCUACCCUUGGAUCAACAACACGGAAUUUGUCUGGCAAGAACAAUGCAGACUUUCAAAAAGAUCGUGUAUUCCUGCUGCGCACAAAGAUCUUUAUAUCUCCCGACAGAUUUUGCUAGAUUCUCAAUUGGAGAGUCUUGA